AAGAAUGAGACAGAGGGAGGGCCAAAAACACAUACAGACUAGCAGAGCUAACAGAGUGCCCACAAGCUUACUGAUCCAGUGGUGAGUCACUUCUCACUAAGCGCUGACAACAGAACAGGUUAGAAUGUGUUAUGAAAAGUCCAGCUAAGGAACACUUGAGCCUGUCCAACAUGAGGUCUAAAACAAUGAUUUGGAAGUUGAUCCAUUUCAGUGGUCUCCUUCUUGGAGCUCUCACAUUCCCAACUCCAUCUUCACUCCCCACUAUCAACACUGAGGAAGGACCCUGUCAGAUCUACAACUCUGACCGAUCUGCAGACUGUCUGGGAAGACAGCUCGACAGUAUCCCAUGGAGACAAUUUCCACCCACACUUGAAGAAAUAGACCUCUCCUAUAAUAAACUUCAAGCUGUUUAUGCUUAUGACUUUUUCCACCUCCCUAAGCUUCGUAUCCUCAAGCUCCAGUACAAUAACAUUUCAUACAUUGACAAUGAUGCCUUCAGAAACAACACACUCUUGGAAUAUCUUGACAUCUUCAAUAACUCCCUGCAGGAAAUUCCUGCCAGAGCUCUGACACCUCUCGUUAAUCUAAAACAGCUCUACGUGUCUAAUAACCUUUAUAAAAAUGCAACUUUGGCUGACUGCUUCUCCAAACUUUCCAGACUCCAGGUUCUGUCCUUGGGUGGCCCUUUGGUGAUGGGUCUUAAAAAAGAAGAUUUUCAGCCCCUGAAGAACCUCAAGCUCCAAAUAUUUGCUAUUAAAUGUUCCUCCCACCUCCGUUACUAUGAGCCUGGAAGUUUAGAAGUCAUUCAGACAAGUCAGAUGGGCUUUGACAUGGCUAUAGACCAACGCCCAGAUGCUCUUGUUCACAUGCUACGGGACAUAGCUAACAAAACAUUCACAGUCAUUCAGUUUCGCAACCUCUUUGAAUUCACAUACUACAUGGGACAGGAGGACAUUUUUCAGGGUUUAAAGCACAUUAAAGCCAAGCAACUCAUCUUUCACAGAGGAAAAUUCAAUGAGAACCUCAUAAGGAUGGCUUUAAUCAAUUUACAAGCAACCAGCAUCAAAAGAUUAACACUUCAGUACAUUGACUUUGCCCGUUCGCCAACAUUUGUUGAUAGUGGUGCAAGUUCCAGCAUCACAGACCUUGCACUGGAUAAACUGGAUCUUUGGUAUAUCAGCAAUCCUGAUGUGCUACGAUUUGAUUGGCGUUUCACCUGGUUCAAGAAAGUUAAGCAACUGUCUAUUCAACAUGUGUAUUUCAACUCUGCACCCUGUGAUUCAUGGGUUGAGAUGAACGGUGUGGAAUUACUAGAUGUCUCCAAUAAUCGACUAAAAACUGAGUUUGUAUUCAACCAGCGAUGCAAUUACAAGAACACCAUGCCAAAUCUUCAUACAUUCAACACAAGCAACAAUGAGUUCACCAGCUUAAAAGACUUAUCAUCCCUCACAAAAGAAUUCCAGCAGCUAAAGGUUUUGGAUUUCAGCUACAACAAAUUAGGAUCUGCUAAAGAUAGCCAAAAUUGUGUCUGGAAACAAAAUAUCACCAAGUUUAUUGUUCACCAUAAUAACUUCGUAAGUGAAGCUCUCAGUUGUCUGCCAACCACAGUACAGUACUUGGAUCUGUCCUACUGUGAUCUGGACCAGCUGGACAUGAACUACUUUGAGAAAACCACCAACCUCAAAACCCUUCUACUGAGUGGGAAUAAAAUUAAAUUCAUCCCAUCUAAAUGGGAAAGUGCAUCACUGCAAUCGCUAGCUUUGGAUGGGAAUUCAUUUGGCCUCAUUAGCAAAAAAUCCUUUGAAGAUAUGCCUCAAUUGUCUCAACUUCAGGCAGGGAACAAUCCUUAUCAUUGUACAUGUGAGCUUCAUGCUUUCAUCCAGGACACGAUUUCGAAAGGAAAGGUAAACCUCACAAACUGGCCUGAAAACUACAAGUGUUACCACCCAGAGGCUUUGCUCAACACAGUCAUAGCCAAAUACUUUCCGGGUCAUGUAGCAUGUGACAUCAGACUGGUUAUCAUCAUCUGUGUUGCAACCACCACAGCAGUGAUCUUAAUACUUAUGCUGAUUUGCUAUAUUUUUGACCUCCCAUGGUACACUAAAGCAACGUACCAGAUCAUCAGGGCCAAAUACAGAGCUCACAAGGAGAAAGCAGCUGGUGAUUUAGAGACUUUUACCUACCAUGCCUUCAUAUCCUACAGCCACUCAGAUGCUGACUGGGUGAGGGACCAGCUCUUACCCUGUUUGGAGAACAACAAGAACCCCUAUCGCCUAUGCAUUCAUGAGAGGGACUUCAUGCCGGGAAAGUGGAUCAUCGAUAACAUCAUUGAGAACAUUGAAAGCAGUCGUAAGGUAAUGUUUAUUCUCUCACGGCACUUCGUUAACAGUGAGUGGUGCAACUAUGAGCUGUACUUUGCUCAGCAGAGAGCAAUGGGAAAAACCUUCAGUGAUGUCAUCUUAGUGGUUAAGGAGCCUAUUGAUCCAAACUCCUUGCCCAGCAAGUAUUGCAAGCUCAAGAAGAUGCUGAGUACAAAGACAUACCUGGAGUGGCCCCAGCAGGUUAACCAGCAGGCAUUUUUCUGGGCACAGCUGAGGAGUGUUCUGGGAAAGCCAACAACCCAAGAGCGGGCAAACAGUGUUAAGAGAAGAACCCUAUCUGCGGGAAGAAUAUCUGUGAUUGGUCCCCCUAUUGAAGAAAGGGUGCCAGAAGAAGAUAAGGUGACUGUGGAAAAAGACACAGAACCCAAAAAAGAAGCAAAUAAAGAGCCAUUAAAUCAAAUACCACUGGUGGCAUUUUAGCCAUUAAAUUAAAAAGAACUAUUAAACAAAUGCCUUUCUCAGUAUUUUCUCAGUAAAGACUUGCCCUCAAGUAACCUUUUUGUGUAGGCUAUGCCAACAAGGGAGCAAAAUACAACAUCUCAUUGUGAUAACAAAGAAAAAAACAAAAAAAAUCCAGCAAUCUGUCUGCCCAAGGCAGUCUGUCAUGUCAUCCCUGACAGCUGAGCUGAUGGCCUCUGCUUCACUUUCCCUCAGUCUCUCAGGCCAGGUGCCCUGCUGACAGGCGCUGAAAGGCCGGCUCACAUGAGAUCUCCCAUGUUGCACUCUGGAUAACAAGCAAGGUCCCAGGAAACCAUGGUGACAGGUGCCACACUGUGAAAGGACUGUGCACUGUUACAUUCUUGGCCCUCAGAGGUUUGAGAUCAUGAAUGUUCAAACUCAGAUCAGGCCGAGUCAAAUGAAACCAUAUAGUAACAAUACAAGUGAUAUCAAGUUGUAGAGCAAAAGCUUAGAAACUGGGGAAUGGGAAUGCUCCAUCAAUCUGUGUUUGUGUCAGCACUAAUCCUUUUUAAGUUUUCAGUGUAAUAUUCAAUGUGUUUCAAGCUGAAUACUAUUCGUAUUUUAGUGAAUACUGGAACUUGUGUGCUUGUUGUUCUGUUUAUUCCUAAAUCCAUCCCUCAUGAGUUAUUAUUAGCUUUGCUGUUGGCAUACAUUGCAAAAGCACACUCACAGAGAUUGCUCACUUGUCACUUGUCAUACUUUCAUUGGGCCCUCUAUGAAUCACUGUUUCAUAUAAUAGCUAAUGUUUAUCAAAUAUUUGUUCAGUGUUCAGUGUUAUGAUUGUCACCAGGUAUACUCUAACUACGGGAAUUAGAAUGAGUUGUACAGACAGAUAGCAGAUACAAAUCCAGUGCCUGAAUUAAGUUAGAUUUAGUUGUCUUUACACAUGCUUUAAAUAAAAUAAAAGCUGCUGUAUGAUUAAGAAAAAAUGGCAAAAACUGUUUUGCCAGUUGAUAAAUGUGAAGGUACGUUUGUCAUAUAUUAUUUGUGAUGGAAGGUUUUUGUUCUAAAUACUGAGUCAUCCUGUCUACGUUACUACUAUUUUUAAUCAUUUGGAUUCAGUAAUGUAAUACUUUGAUUAAAAAGAAGCAUUAUUUUGUUCAUCAAAAAUUAUUUUUGCUGUGCUCUGACUUGAUUCAUGUUUGGUCAUUUUAAAUUUAACUUUUUUAAAACAGUGUUUUUAAAUGAAUUUCACUUUUAUUUUAAAAAUGACAUAACUACUUUUGUGUUUUGCCAUUAAUGGUAAUUAUGCAGCCUUGCUUACUUACAUAUGUGGCCAAUAACAAAGUUUGAAAAUGGCCAGUAGAUGACACCCUUGAACUUAGGCAGAGCUGUGACACCACACAGCUAAGGUGUGACGUGCACCAAUUUAUCAGUUUGCUUUCUAAAUGGGAGAAAGCUCAUAUAUAUUACUUCCCUCUGCAUAUGUGAAAUGCACUGUGUAACCAAUUGUUUCUUUUUUUCUUGAUAUAAGUAAUGUUAACGUGCAGUCUAUACAGACUUCAAAUGCUUUUGUAUAGAAACGCAAAUGAAGGACAUGUUUCAUUUUCAUGAAGAGUCAUAUUAUACAUUCUCUAAAAUAAUGCAGUGUCUUAUUUUAAUGUCUUGAAUAAUGCUGGUCAUUCAUAAUUCAUACUGUGCAGAUGUUGAAAUGAAUGAAUAAAAACAUAUUCCGUUUCA